AUGGUGCCAAACCCAAGCCAGGCACUUGCCGUCAUUCCGGGCGACGCCCAGGGCCAGGUCAUCUUCUCAGAUGUCCCGCUCAGCUUCAUGAUGGGUGUCGACUCAAAGACCGGCAUCGUCGCAGAUGCACACCAUCCCCUCCGCGGCACGUCUCUCAAAGACUCUGUCCUCGUCAUCCCUGCUGGGCGCGGAUCCUUUGCCGAGAAGAUGUUCGACAAGCGCAUUCCGCUUGUCUUCCUUUCAGACGCAUCGCACUUUGAAGUCUUCCGUCAAGCUUCGACAGUGCAAAUAAACGAAACGAGCUUGUUGGUUUCACCAGGCGGCCACAAGAUUGACUUGGUGCCACAAAGCGUAAAGGCGUUAGAGUUGAAUCCAACAGACAAAGCCAUCUUGUCUGGCGAGGGCGGCGAAGCUUCUCGUAUCGCAAUGGAAAUCAUCGUUAAGUACGCCACGAUACAGGGGGCACAACGCCUGAUUGAUGUUUCUCAAGUCCAUGUGGACGCUUGUGCCUACGUUGGCGAAAGCAGUCUCCUCGUCCCUGAGCGCCUGCUCUCCCUCGGAGGAAAGUUUGUCGUACCAUCGACCUGCAACUCCCUGAAUGUCGACCGGCAGAGGUGGAAGGAAUUGGGAGCCAACCCCGAGAUCUCUCAAAUAUCUGACAAGAUUGGAGACACGUAUCUCAAGCUGGGCGCCAAGAUGAGCUUCACCUGCGCUCCGUACUUGCUCGAGAGUAAGCCUAAAGCCGGAGAGCAAGUUGGAUGGUCUGAGUCCAAUGCAGUAGUAUUCGCGAAUAGUGUGCUGGGAGCACACACACAGAAGUAUCCUGAUUAUAUGGACGUUUUCAUUGCAUUGACCGGAAGGGCUCCUUAUGCCGGGUGUCAUGUGCCAGAGGGCAGGAAGCCGGAAGUCAUAAUCAAGGUCACCCAAAUUAGCGCAUUUGAUCCAUCGUUUUUCGCCCUUAUUGGCUACAGCAUUGGACAUGUGGUCGCCGCCAAGAUCCCUGUUGUCAUUGGAAUGGAGACGACACGACCGACCGUAUCGGAUCUGAAGGCAUUCGGGGCGGGGUUCGCAACGAGUUCAUCUGCUCCCAUGUUUCACAUCAAUGGCAUCACGCCAGAGGCUGCAAGUUUCGAAGAUGCACUCGCCACUCUAGAAACCAUCGAGGUGACAAUUCCUGAACUUCAGUUGGCCUGGAGACAGCUCAAUACGGCUACGGACCCUUCUGUCGAUAUCGUCUCCCUAGGAAAUCCGCACUUUUCCCUAGAAGAAUUCUCACAACUUGCCGAAGUGUGCCGCGGUAGACGCAAGUCACCUAAUGUCGAAGUCAUGAUCACCACUGGGCGUGAAACAUACACAGAGGCCCUGAACCUCGGCUAUCUAGACGUUAUCGAGAGCUUCGGUGCCCGGCUGAUAACGGAUACGUGCUGGUGCAUGAUAGAGGAGCCGGUCGUUCCUCUGAAAGCAAGAAACGCUAUGACAAACUCUGCCAAAUAUGCUCACUACGGCCCGGGGAUUGUGGGUAAGAAGUUUCACUUUGGAGAUGUUGUAGCGUGCAUCAAGGCGGCAAGUAGAGGCCAUAGACAUGAAGACGAGAUGAGCCCGCGGUGGCUUUUCCGGUGA